UCGAGCAUUAAUUUGCAGGACUGAUCGUCAGCGCUAGCAGCAGUGAAAGCAAAUGGCGUCUUCCGAUGAAGCUGACGACGACAAUUACGGAUAUAAAACGGGGAAAAAGGGAUACACGGUGGAGACUGUGCAAUGCUUGCUGUUUGCUAGAGACAACCUCCCCAGCCACGUGUACCGCAAGUUCGUCAAGGCCAUGACCGAGGUUUGGAAAAACCGUGCUGACCCGGAUGGUGAAAUAAGGAACAUCUGCCCUGAAAACUGCAUCGAGACGGCGUUGAAGCUAUUUCAGGGUUGGGCCACAGUUAAGCAGAGCUUCCUGAACUUCAUUGAAGGCCGUAGCCCCGUCGAAGGCAAUGGCAAUGCCGAUGCUGAUGCCGAAGCCGUUGUUGUCAACCCCUUGAUACAGAAACCAAUGGAUUUUCUUUCCAGACUGAAGGCAUGCCCCAACAUGAGCGACGAUCAUUAUGCCGCUUUUUUGAAAAUCAUGCAAGAUUAUUUCAGGGACAGGACCAUGACCCCUCGAAAAGUUUACAAGAAGGUGAGGAGAUGCAUGCGCGACUGUCCUGAGUUGUUGGAAGAGUUUGUGGAUAAUUUUCUCCCUGCAGACCUAAAGGCCUUUGUAAAGGUUAAAGCAAAUGAUAAUCACCGCUCGGAUGGUAUCCAUAUGAAAGAAGGUUACGGAGAAUUGCAUCACGCCGAAGAGGAUGAGGAAGACAAGGUUAAACCCUUGCCAGACUGGAAUUCCUCAAAAGCUCAGGAAUUGCCCCCAGAAGUGGAUCCCAAGAAGCUCGAACGAGCUUCCACUCCUAGCUAUUACCUGCUGCCAGAUAAUUUAACUCUUCAUUCAAGUUAUUGGACCAAUCUGGGGAGGUCUAUUCUCAACGAUACUUUGGUUUGUUCUGUAUCUGGGAUGGAAAGCUCUAAGCACAAAACUAUAAAUGGUUACGAGACAAACAUUUUAUACUGCGAAGAAGACAUGUUUGAGAGUGACAUGCUAUUACACCGGUUUCGUGCGACUGCUGACCUUAUUGCCAAUCUCCAAACUCGUGCUGGCAUCCAUUUGAAGAUAAGCGAGCAUUUAACUCCUCUACACCGGAGGUGCAUUGAAAAACUAUAUGAUGAUGAUCCUGAGCUGGAUGAUCUGUUGGAGAGUCCGAAUACUAGUUCUGUUCUUGCUGUUCUACUUUCUCGUUUAAAGCAGAAGGUAGAAGAUUUAUCGGAGGCGCGCUCAUAUUUGCAUAAGGCGCACUCACAAGUUAUUGCCAAAAAUUACUACAGAUCGCUUGAUCAUCGUGGCCUCUCUUUCAAACAAUUGGAUGCAAAGAGGAUGAGCCAAAAAGCAUUGCUGGCAGAAGCAAAUGAAAUCAAUAAAAAGAAUUCGAAUGCUGGAGAUAAAAAUGCUGAUACAGACAUGUCCAAUGCUGGAGAUAAACAUGCUGAUACAGACAUGCACAAGGACAUAAGCAGUAUAAUAUCCUCUGCAUGUGCCUCUGAAGAGAAGCAGGUGAUGAAUUGGGCGAAAAUAGUACAUCCAUUUCUUUCUGCUCAUUGUCUAUGGCCUUCAUCUAAGGAAACUGUAGCUCCCGCAAAAGCUUGCGAACAUUGCCGCACCAGCAAAGAUUUUCUCAGUAGCAUACCUGAUGCUUUGCCUGCUACUAAGCUUCCUUCACCUUCCAAGAGAGGGGAAUUCAUAAAGAAAAAUUCUAACGACUUGAGCUCUUCACACGAUGGUUUUGGCCAAGACAUUGAGGAGGGUGACUUCAUGCCCGAACCAGAAAUCAUUGAGUCAGAUGUCAUGCUUGGUGCCGGAAAAGAACCAGUAAGUUGUGAUGUUGCCACUUCCGGUAUAGAUGGGUUGAGCUCUCAUUGUCGCAUGAUCGGUACUUCUGAACCUAGUACUCGUGACCACGGAUACAAACAUGAGAAGCAGCAUGAAUCAAGGCAACACUCCAAAACAUCAGCUAAACUGCGUGGUGUGAAAGGAGGCACUUGUUGUUUUCUCAUUGUGCUUCGCAGGCUUUACCAGAUUUUAUAUGACAGACUACAAACUGCGAGAAGUUUAUGCGCCGAUGAUCUAUUAUAUGCAGAGUUUAAGGAGAAAAUCAUCAAGCUGCAUGCCCACUGUAUUGAUAAUUCCAGUUUUGAAGACUUCUGCCUGCAAUUUCUUGGGCCAAAGUCCGUUGAACUUUUUACUCUGGAUAUAGUGAUAAACCGAGUUAUCAAGCAGUUGUGCAUAAUUUAUUCAAGAGAUCAAGACAACUCGCUCUUCCAAUUCCUUGAGAACUUUGGAAGACCAGUUCUACCCAAACCCGUGUUCAGUCAUCAAAACUUUCCCAACAAUCCAUCAAAUGGGUUACCGAAGUAUGAUCAAGAGGAGCAAGAGAAAGCUCUUGCCGAUACCGAAAAACUUCCGCGCCAUUUUGAGAGAAGGAAAAAACGCAAGUUGGAGAACGGUGCAACGAGUUCCUCAGCUUGGAGUUCCUCUCAGCUUGGAGCAGUGACUAAAACUCAUGGUUGAAUGUUAUACCUUGGUGUAGUGUGCAUGCUAGAUGUGAUUAUUCGAAAUAUGGUUACAAUUAAAUAGAGAAAUAUAAUUGUGUUUGUUAUAUCAGGAACUACUCUAAUCCCAUGAAGUUAGUUAGAAAACAAAAAUCAUAAUGUGCUUUGGUAGGCGCAGAUAACUAUUCUGUUCUAAUCCCAUACAAAUGAUGUUAUUUUUGCAAAAAAAAUAGUAUGCAGUUCAAUUCUGUUCUUUUUGCAUAACGCAUUUGAAACUUCUAAUUGCUUCCUCCUGGUCCUGGGCCUAGCCAUU